AGAAAGGGUAGAGAAGACAAGAUGGCGGAGUGAGUGGGUUGCGCUUUGUACAGACGGUUGCGACCCUUGAAGUUUGCUGAAAACGCGCUUAAAGGACUCAAAACAUUGAAAAAGCAACACCACCAUCGGACGUGUAACUAAAAAGGCAGUUUCUGCCCCUCAGCACGGAGGAGGUCCGGACAUUUUUUCCGUGGCGGUCCUUGCGACAGCGUUAGCUUGAUGCUAACGUUAGCCAUCGUCAGAUUUCACUAACUUAGCUGCUACUUCGAGGUGGCUGGGUGGUUGAAGGCCGUAAGCCUUUUCGGAUUUAGUUUUGGAUGUAUAUACUGGCACGGUAUUCCGUGAGGAGGUUUCAUUUUAACAAAGAUCCAUUGUAGCCGGUAGCAUAUGAGUAAAGCGAAUAACGCCAGGAGAAACCUAUUUUCCAGCUGGCUUGUUACGUUAACGUUAGUCGUCUAUAAUAUUGUUUGGAGUAACGUUAACAGCUAACGUUAGUACAUAUUUACCCUCAGCAACACCAACUGGACAUACAGGACUCUGUGUGGUCUGCUGACAACCGGGCUAGACUGCCACAUAGAAUUUCCUAAAGUGAAUCGGGUGGAGAUUGUCAUUUGGUGGAUAUUAUGGCGAGCAGCAGUGGCUCCAAAGCCGAAUUCAUAGUCGGUGGAAAAUACAAGCUUGUCAGAAAAAUUGGAUCGGGAUCUUUCGGUGACAUAUAUCUGGCAAUCAACAUCACAAAUGGAGAGGAGGUAGCUGUAAAAUUGGAAUCACAGAAAGCCAGACAUCCACAGUUGUUAUACGAAAGCAAGCUGUACAAAAUCCUACAAGGUGGUGUUGGGAUUCCACACAUCAGGUGGUAUGGCCAAGAGAAGGACUACAAUGUCCUAGUCAUGGAUCUGCUUGGACCCAGUCUGGAGGACCUGUUCAACUUCUGCUCUCGCCGUUUCACCAUGAAGACGGUCCUUAUGCUGGCAGACCAGAUGAUCAGCAGAAUUGAAUAUGUACACACAAAGAACUUCAUCCACAGAGAUAUCAAACCAGACAACUUUCUUAUGGGCAUCGGCCGUCACUGUAACAAGUGUUUAGACUCGUCAGUGGGGAAGAGGAAAAGAAGCUUGGCUGUUAGCUCUUCUCAGGACCCAUCUUUCUCAGGAUUAAACCAGUUGUUCCUUAUUGACUUUGGUUUGGCGAAGAAGUACAGAGACAACCGAACACGACAGCACAUCCCCUACAGAGAAGACAAGAACCUGACUGGCACAGCACGCUAUGCCUCCAUCAAUGCACACCUGGGCAUUGAACAGAGUCGCCGUGAUGACAUGGAGUCACUAGGCUACGUGCUGAUGUACUUCAACAGAACCAGUCUGCCAUGGCAGGGAUUAAAGGCUGCCACAAAGAAGCAGAAGUAUGAGAAGAUCUCAGAGAAGAAAAUGUCCACCCCUGUGGAGGUCCUCUGUAAGGGUUUCCCAGCAGAGUUUGCCAUGUAUCUGAACUACUGCCGUGGCUUGCGCUUUGAGGAGGCUCCAGACUACAUGUACCUGCGCCAACUGUUCCGCAUCCUCUUCAGAACUCUGAACCACCAGUAUGACUACACAUUUGACUGGACCAUGCUGAAACAGAAAGCUGCCCAGCAGGGGGCCUCCUCUGGGGGCCAGGGCCAGCAGGCACAAACCCCCACAGGCAAGCAAACUGACAAACCCAAGCCUAACAUGAAAGGUUUCUGAGUGGCCUCUGCCCAGAGCAGAGCUGCAGAAGCGUUGGUGACCAGGACCAACAAGUCUCUCUUCCUGGACAAGCGACAAACAGAAAGUCUGUGUCUCCUUCCAUAAUAACUAUCUAUGUAAUGGAAAUGUAUAGAUUUACACACGCCUUUGUCAGCUGUGUUAUCUAUAUAUUCAUAUGUAUAUAUAAUAAAACUCUGCACUCCGAAAGAAAAGAAGAAUGAAAAAGCAGGUUUUUUUGGAUGUGGAGGCUGUAGCCCCCUGCCCCCGCCCCAGACACAUACCCCCUUCCACCCCGUCUGUCCUCCUUUCAGUGUUGACUUUUUGUAAGGUUUCCUUGGAAGCCGAAGUUAAGAAGAUAGUCAGCUGACCCUCUGUUUUUCUCUCCCAGUGGAAACAUCUCAAAGCAUCUCUUCCCCCUUUCACUCCUUCAUUAUUUCACUCCCUCCUUUUACCAAGCAAAUGUUAAAACAUGUAACCUGAAAACUGUUCUCCCUUUUUUGUUUCUGAAAUAAUUGAAUGAUGCAACCCUGGAUGUUAUUUACUAAAAAAUCAAAACUGUUGGAUUUUUUUCUUGUUUUUUCUUUUUGUUUUCCUAUGGUGAUUAGGAGUUUGCCUGUUGACAAUAUAAGAAGCUGAUGGCAACAGUCGAUGGUAGAAUGAUACUCUGGCUCUCUCCCUCUCUCUAGAGCUCUGAAUUAUUAUUAAAUCUGUUGUAAAACCUAUGGUCUUCUCCAAAAAUACCAAUAAAAACAUGACAUAA